AUUUCCAUUCCGGAGACCGAGGGGUCUGGGCGGCCGCGCGGAGCCGGGCAGCCGCGCAGCACCGAUCCGUGCCGCGCCGAGCCGAGCCGUGCCAAGCCGUGCCGAUCCGAGCCGUGCCAAGCCGUGCCGAUCCGAGCCGACCCGAGCCCCGCCGCCCCUCCUAGGCGCUCGCCUAGCAACGCCGGCCCGCUGCGGCCAUGGACGGGCUCCGUUGGUGCGGGCGCUGCGCGGCCCUGGCGCUGCUGGCCGCCUGCUGCCUGCCCCGCGGCGGCGGCGCCGGGCGGCAAUUCCUCAACGAGUGGGCGGCCGAGGUCCCGGCGGGCCCCGACGCCGCCAGGGACAUCGCCGAGGAGCUGGGCUACGACCUCGUGGGGCAGAUUGGAUCACUCAAAAAUCACUACCUAUUCAGACAUAAAAGCCAUCCUAGACGAUCUCGAAGAAGUGCCAUUCAUAUCACUAAAAGACUUUCUGAUGAUGAGCGGGUGUCAUGGGCAGAGCAGCAAUACGAGAAAAAGCGAACUAAGCGUGCCACCAUGACAGACUCAGCAGAGAAUCUUUUCAAUGAUCCUAUGUGGAAUCAGCAGUGGUAUCUGCAAGAUACAAGGAUAACUCCAUCCCUUCCCAAACUGGAUCUCCAUGUUAUUCCUGUAUGGCAAAAAGGGAUUACAGGCAAGGGUGUUGUCAUCACAGUAUUAGAUGAUGGCUUGGAGUGGAAUCACACUGACAUCUACACUAACUAUGACCCAAAGGCAAGUUAUGAUUUCAAUGACAACGAUCACGAUCCCUUUCCUAGAUAUGACCCAACAAACGAAAACAAGCAUGGAACACGGUGUGCAGGAGAAAUUGCAAUGCAAGCCAACAAUAGAAAAUGUGGAGUUGGAGUAGCCUACAAUUCCAAAGUUGGAGGUAUACGUAUGCUGGAUGGAAUAGUCACUGAUGCUAUUGAAGCCAGUUCAAUUGGUUUCAAUCCAGAACACGUGGAUAUUUACAGUGCAAGCUGGGGACCUAAUGAUGAUGGUAAAACUGUUGAGGGACCUGGGAGACUGGCACAGAAGGCUUUUGAGUAUGGGAUAAAACAGGGCCGAAAUGGAAAAGGCUCCAUUUUUGUAUGGGCUUCUGGGAAUGGAGGUCGUCAGGGUGACAACUGUGACUGUGAUGGUUACACUGAUAGUAUCUACACUAUCUCCAUUAGCAGUGCUUCUCAGCAAGGCCUUUCUCCCUGGUAUGCAGAGAAGUGCUCUUCAACUCUGGCCACAGCAUACAGCAGUGGGGAUUAUACUGACCAAAGAAUUACAAGUGCUGAUCUUCACAACGAGUGUACAGAGACUCACACUGGGACCUCUGCGUCUGCACCACUGGCAGCAGGAAUUUUUGCUCUGGCUCUGGAGGCAAAUCCAAAUCUAACAUGGAGGGAUAUGCAGCACCUGGUAGUCUGGACCUCAGAAUAUGAUCCACUGGCUGGCAAUCCAGGAUGGAAAAAGAAUGGAGCGGGACUGAUGGUAAACAGCCGAUUUGGGUUUGGACUACUCAAUGCCAAUGCGUUGGUGGAUUUAGCUGAUCCCAAAAGAUGGAAAGGUGUACCAGAAAAGAGAGAGUGUAUUGUGAAGGACAAAAGCUUUGAACCAAGAUUAUUAAGAGCAAAUGAGGAAGUCAUCAUUGAAAUUCCCACAAAAGCCUGUGAGGGUCAAGAAAACUCAAUUGCAUCCCUGGAGCAUGUGCAGCUUGAGGCAACUAUUGAAUAUUCCCGUAGAGGUGAUCUUCAUGUCACCCUGGUGUCUCCAUCAGGGACCAGCACUGUCUUACUGGCUGAGAGAGAGAGAGAUAAAUCUCCCAAUGGCUUUAAGAACUGGGACUUCAUGUCUGUUCACACAUGGGGAGAGAAUCCAACAGGCACCUGGGUAUUAAGAAUUACUGAUGUGUCCAGAAGAAUACAAAAUGAAGGAAGGAUUGUAAAUUGGAAAUUGAUUUUGCAUGGCACUACUACCCAGCCUGAACAUAUGAAGCAGCCACGUGUAUACACAUCCUACAAUGCUGUGCAAAAUGACAGAAGAGGAGUGGAGAAGAUGACAGACCUCAUAGAGGACCACACCACACAGGAGAACCUGAGUGAAAAAAACAAAGUCACAGAAGAUACUAGUAGUAACAGUGACAAAGCAGAAGAUAAAAUCCCAUCAGAGGCUAUGCUACACUUACUGCAAAGUGCUUUUAGCAGACAGAUGGCUGAGAAGCGACUGCCAAAGAAGACUGCAAGUGAGAAGUUAAAUAUUCCAUUUGAACAUUUCUAUCAGGCCCUCGAAAAAUUAAACAAGCCCUCCCAGCUAAAAGACUCAGAAGAAAGCCUGUACAGUGACUACGUUGAUCUUUUUUACAAUGCCAAACCAUACAAGCAUAGAGAUGAUAGACUGCUGCAAGCCUUGGUUGAUAUCAUAAAUGAAGGAAACUAAACUAUAGGGUAUGGCGCUGAGUUGGAAAUAUUCAUUCUCCCCACCCCACCUCCAUUUUUAUUUUUUUUCAGAAGUCUAUUGUAUGCUCUAGUUGUGUAAUUGCUGCUUUGAUUGCUUCAUAUUUAACACAAAUAUCAAGGAAGGAAAAAAACAGGUGUGGGAGGAUAAGGCAGUAAACUCGUGCUUUUUAGUAAUAGCUUUUUUCAAAGACUUUCUACAUUACCAUCAGAGUAGAUUUGCCCCCUCAGGCAUGAAAUGCAACAGUAUUCCCCUGAAAAUACUAAUGCUCUAUUUUAAACAAUUUUCACGUUACUUAUUCUUCCACCCUAUUUCCUUAGCAUGAAGUAGGAUUCAAAACCUGAAUUACUAAGCAGUUUUGAACUGAACUGCCAAAGCUUUGGGGAUAUACUCUCAUCCCUGGAAUUGUAAUGAAUAGUGUAGUCUUUCUUAUAUUUGGCAUUUAUUCAAGAUUUAAUACUUGCAGCAAGUACCUCUUCCCUCACAGUUGUUUUUAUUUUUUAUUUCAUUUUUUGUUCCUUUUCCAAACAACAAUGCACUCUUACCCUUCUGUUCUCCUGCAAAGGAGCAGCUGGGAAACUGGAAUUGGAUUGGAGCAUCAGUGAACACUGAUGAGGUUAUUAAUGAUUUAGACUACAGACAGACAUACUCUAACGUAAAAGAGCUCCAAACAACACAUUCCAGACCAUGGGGAUUCUCACCACCGAACUUAAACUGCCUAAAUGAAGUGCCUGAAUUAUGAGCUUAGUUUUUCUAGGCUGUAUGUAGCUAAUGAAGACAGAUAGCACUUAAGAGCACUUGACUAGUUUUUGCACUGGUUCUGAAUUACCUGCUGGAGUACUCAUUUAUUUUUAUUGACUGGAUGAACUUUGGGGAAACAACCUCUUACCUUUGGAGCCUCGGUUAGAUUUCUAAAGUUGAGUAAUAUAAAUGCCUCCUAAGAUGUCUACAUCUGCAGCAAUCAGGGCAACAAAGCUAGGAUCAUUUUGCCCCUUCCUUAAACUGUGACCAAAGCAGUGUAGAAAGGGAAAUUAUACCAGCAGAGAACAUCUAAUGAGUGCAUUUUGGAGUAUCUGUGGUGAAUUGUAACAUUUCCCAAAUAUCUAGGAAGGUAAGGCAAAAUGAAUGGGGGGGAGGGGGAAGGAGGUGUAUGAAUGAAAAAAUACCCAGGAGAAGGGAGUCAGAAAUGGAGGAAAAAACUGCAUGGGUUGUGAAGGAGGGAGAGGAAAAGAAGGAAGGGGAAAGUGAAAGAGGAGGAAACGGAGUAGCUUCGGAGAGCAGGAAGGGCAGGUUGCUGCCUACCUUUAGCAGUCAUAAGAGACUAAAGAUGAAAAGUGAGAUGACAGAGAAGAAUGCAACAUGGUGAGAACAUGGUGAGACCCUUUCAGAAUAUAAUAAAAGUAGUGAAGGGAGAAGCAGUGUGGCCAGAAAGGUCUAUCACCCUAUCCCAAGUGGAAAAAAUUAUACAUGGUAUCAUAUACAGUAGAAUGAUAUGAAUGGCAUCAUAUGGCAUCUAAUGACAGUUUUCCACACAUACCUCUUUAAAGUUGGAGUCAAGAUUGACUUAUUGUUUUGCUGUUCAUAAUUAAAAACAAACAAACAAAAACAGCAAUGCAUGGCUGGGUGCUCAGAAAUAGGAGAGAUCUACUACAAGGAAAUGAAGUGUCUCAUUGCAGUGCUAAAGAUAAUCCAAGCAAGUGCUGACUAGGUUUUACUUUUCUCCCUCUUUCUCAUCUACCGUUCAAAUGUAGAAAUGUAGAAAUGUAGACUAGACAUUUUCCAGACAUUCUAGAAAAAAAUGUUCCUUCUUCACUGUCUAUUCCUUAAAAUGAUCCAACUUUCUCUUAAAAAAGAAAUUGAACAUUUUGUUCAUAAUUCAUCAGUUUGGAUAGAGAUUUUUCAAACUUCACACUAAAUUCUGUAAUUUCUGCUUGAAGGCAACUUUGAAAAUUAUCUUACCAAACUUAAGAUUUAAAAAUCUUUGCAUAUUCAUUUGAUUUUAGUAGGUUCAUGUCUACCUGGGGCUCAGUCUGUGUUUUUGCCAGCUUUAGAUAGAUAUGGCUUAGUUGAUUUGAAAAAUUCUUCCAUAUUUAUACUCCAUGCUACAACAAUAACAACUGCAAGAGUGAAUGUCUCUUAAACUUAAACUGCUUGCUCUCUGCUAAGAAAUUUACUUAGAACAAGAAGUGAAAAAAAAAAGUUACUGAAAUUAGAAAACAUUUUUUUUUAUGUUGUCCCUUCAACACACAAGCUUUCUGGCAAUACAUAACUACUGAACAAGCAGAAUGUUAAAUUGCUGCUACUGGAGCAGUUAGUGAGAGCACUAACUUAUUUCCACUAAAAUGUAAUUGUCAGAAUUGGGAGUUUGUCUCUACAAUAAAUAUUCCCAUUUGGUGAGAAAGGACCACUGUUAGUCCUGUGCAGUGAAAUUCAGGGGCUGGUUCUGUCAGAUAGUGGUGGUUUUUGCCAGUUGUCAAUCCAGUACGUUAAAGUGAGGAAAGUACUACAAACACUCAAAUCAGCCUUUGAAAGAAGUUUUCAGAUAUAGAUGGGUGGAAUACAUAGGACUUUGUUUUAAGAUCGGUUCCUAUGUUGUAGCCAAAGUUUCAUAAGAGGACAACUUUAAAGUCUCUCUUUUGAAUGUUUCCAACCCAGAGUAGACUGUACAGGAGUAAAUUAAAUUAUUUUUAUUGUUAGUCUUUCCUUGGUGCCUGUGUGGGUUCUGUGAAAAAUGUAAAAGGAAAAUAAUGUUUUCUCUCAGAAUUUUAAAUUAUAUUUUCUUUACAGGUAUUUAUAAUGUAGCAAAGAUUUUACUGAACAGACAGAAUUUUAAAAGGUAUAAUAAAUUAUAUUGAAGAACCAGAUUUUUCUUGGGGAAGAGACAAUUUCAUCCAAUAAAGGUAUUUUUUAAAAGGCAUGUUCCAACAGCAACUGCAAUAUGUAUGUGAUGUGAUGUUAAAAUUUGUCUACUAGUAGCAUAAUACAGUGUGUUAGCAG